AUGCUGGGGGGCGCAGGGUCGUCGACACCGUCCGGCAUGGUCGAGGAGCCGUGGAGUAAGGAGGAGGACAAGAUUUUUGAGGACGCCCUGGCGCACGUCUGGGAUCGGGUCGAUCGAUGUGAGCGCUGCGCCACCCAACUCGCUCGGCGGGAUGUGCAGUCUGUGAGGCAGCGGCUGGAGCAGCUGGAGAGAGAUGUCAUGAGCGUCGAGGAGGGGAGGGUCCUGCUCCCCAACUAUGCUGUGCCUGGGGAGUCCCUCUCCGUGGCGCACCUGCAGAAGAAGGUCAAGUCCCAGGAGACGGAGCGGCGCAAGGGCAUCCCCUGGACGGAGGAGGAGCACCGCCUCUUCCUCAUGGGCCUGGCCAAGUACGGCAAGGGCGACUGGCGCAGCAUCUCCCGCAACUUUGUCAUCACGCGUACGCCCACCCAGGUGGCCAGCCACGCGCAAAAGUACUUCAUCCGGCUCAACAGCCAGUCGCGCAAGGACAAGCGGCGCGCCAGCAUCCACGACAUCACCUCCCCCGCGCCGCCGGAGCCGUCCCUGCUGGCCUACGGCAUGGGCCACCACAUGGCCGCCCCGGGCAUGGGCAUGAUGCACGUGACCCCGGGGGGCGUGGCUGCUGGCGUCCCCGUCAUGCACCCAGGGGCCCUGGCUCACCACCGGGCCAUGCUCCAGCAGCGCAUGGGGUCGUGA